AUGCGACAUUCAACCUAUCUUGAGGUGUGUCUUGGAAAUAUUGCUCAUAAUGUUAACAAUAUUCGUCAUUUAGUUGGCGAGGCGAAACUUAUUCCCAUGGUAAAAGGUAAUGCAUACGGUCAUGGAAUUGAGAGAGUUUCACAGUUUCUUCAUGAUGUAUGUGGGAUGAAUAAACUCGGGGUAGCUUCCCUUGGUGAGGCACUUGCUAUUAGAGAUAAGCAACCCAGUAUUGCAAAAAGUACUAAAAGUGAGAUAUUUGUUUUCUCAGAUACAGAAAUAUUAAAUGAGGGAUUUCAUCAUUACUACCAGGCAAGUGGACAACAUGGGGUACGUCUCACGCCUAUUUUAGGGACAACCACACAACUAAAGAAGUUUUGUACAUCUUCUGCAUUCAAACGAUCAAAGUUAUGUCUUAAGGUGAACACUGGUAUGAACCGAUUGGGAUUAAAACUAGAUGAGAUUAAAAAUGUUAUUCCACUUCUAAAGCAACGAGGUGGGGUAGAUCUUCUUUUGCAACACUUUAGUGUGGCAGUAUCCCUUGAUCGAUUUAAUGAAACCAUUGCCCAUUAUGAUAACUUUCGAAAAGUUAAAGAACUUCUUUCAGAUAGUGGUGUUGAGGUGCGAGCGACGUCAGUAAGUAACUCUGGUGCUAUUGAACAACAAAUUGGUAUAAAUGAAGAUUAUGUUCGUCCUGGGAUUAUGCUUUAUGGUCCACGAAGUGUUCGUUCCAAGAUAUUAUGGAAUGGAUAUCCCGCUAGCUAUUUCUACACAAAGGUCCUUCGCCACUUCCCUGUACGAAAGGGUGAAGGAGUGGGAUAUGAUCUUUUUCCUGCACGUGAGGAUGGAGUGAUGGUAUUACUCCCCAUUGGGUAUGCAGAUGGAUUACUACGAUCUUAUCAAGGUAUGCCUAUUACUGUAACCCCGCAUGAUGCUCAGGAAUCCAUUACAGGAAUUCUGCAUGGAAUGGUGAAUAUGGACAUGGCAGCAGUAAUGGUGUAUCCUAAAGAAGUUGGAAAAGAUAUGGGAGAGAUCAUGACAGCUGUAAAGGAUGAAUCUCGGAUAUUGGUUUGGGGAGGCGAUAUUGGGGAAAAGGCCAUAGCUGUAGGUUCAAUUCCAUAUCAGCUCAUGUGUGGACUCUCUAUACGUGUACCACGAGUAUACAGGGAAUCUUAG